AUGCCUAUCCGGCACCAGAACCCGGGAUUCUCCUUCCCUUUGCACACGCCGCCGCAUCUGCAAACCCCUGCCUGCGUCAUCGUUGCUGCAGGACAAUCGUAUUCGGAGACCCUCGCGUUGGGAAGGCUGCGUUUAUCUAGAUUGUUACUGUAA